AUGGUCCAAUCCACCAAACGACGGCGUCCUCGGAAAUCACUUACCAGCGCAGAAGCCUGGAAGAAAGUAGAGAGCACCGCCUACGGACUUGGCAUUGCCUGGCACCUAGGACCAAAAGAGUCCAAGCAGGUUUCCGAGGCAUUUUUUCUGCUGAAUCAUCCAUCGGAAUCUACCAUCCAUCAAAAAAAGUAUCUACUCUUUCUUCACGAAGUGCGUCAAAAUUGUGGGCUACAAGGCGUGCGCUUGUGCGCCGCCGCCCUUGGUCAAAGUAAUGUCAGAGAUAUGAAUAUUGGCCAACGCAAGGCGCUCGUAUGUAAGCUGGGUGAGGAGAAAUAUCGGCCAUUGAUCAACAAUCCAUCGUUUCCCAGCUUUGUGGGUGAUACACAAGUAGCAGGUCUCUUGGAGGAGACCUCACUGUGCUCCACGUUAAGCGAAGCAACCACCACUCCACUAAGGCUUUCUACCAGUAACGGCGAGUCCAAUAGCCCAAUUGCUUCCAUCAGACAUUUAGUGAACCCAGACGCUGGGUUCCUUCAUAUUCAGGAUGCUAAGGGAACCUCAAGAAAUUGCCCCCACCGGGGCAGUCUCGAAGUCAAAGAGUACACAACACCUGCCUCAAACUGUCAAGCAAACCCAUACUUUACAACUCGCGUCCGCUUUUCACAAGACGACUGGCAAAUCGGUACGGAUCUUACGAACACGCAGGAAAUUUUUGAGCAUGCCUCCCUUGAGGGCAUUGCUGCUGUUUUCAAAGGAAUUAUAUCUGGCGCAAUCAGAAUCAGAACAAAAUCUUUCCCAAACAGUGUGAAGACGUAUUCGAAAGCAUCAGUGACAACUGUAUUUCCUCCUUGGGGUGGACCGGUUGACUGUCUGCUCAGUCUCGAUAUUUGUGAAUCGAGGGUGCAAGCUCUUGCGAUGGCUCUUUUCAAUGCGACAGUGAAAUGGGCGGAAAAUUCUCUACAUAUUGGCUUCGAAAGAGGAACAACCUUGACUACUCCCAACUCUGAAGUUACUUUGAAAGGUGUGGGUGAUGAAACUAUUGCCGCCGUGUUCGGCUUCGAAAUAGAGCAGGCGAUAAAGGAGAGCCCCAUUCGCCUGAGAGAGUUGAAAGAAGGUAGACUGAUGACUGAAUGUGUGUCAAUGAUAAUCACAGAGAAAGGCGCCAUCGUGAACCUAUCGCUUGGUCUGGUUCGAGGCUUAGAAAUACAAAAGAAGCUUUAUACCUGA